AGUCAUCUCGUGCUGCCAUACCACUAGCAAGGAUCCAGUACCAUGUCUCGGCAGAUUCAACAACACGAGAAUGCUCUGAGCCGAGGCCACUGGACUAUGACAAACAUGGGUCCGAGCCCGAGCUGGAGCUGUUCAACAGGUCUCGCACCUGGCGGCGCAGUGGUGUUCAACGACAGCAACUGGGGAGGUGACGAGUCGUCAUCCUCUGGGGAAGUCCGAGCUUUCGCCGAGGAUGCUGUCCACCUGCUGCUGCAGUGGACAAUGGCCGCCGCGCUCUUACACUUGCAGCUUUUGCCGAAGGGAGUUCUGCACAGCCCAGUCCCUGGGAGGGCACAUGAAUGUCCAUCGCCUCAAAUGCGCCGAGGCCAAUGAGGUGGCUCUCCAUCUCCAUCUCCGGCACCACCAGACGCUCGCACCUGCUCCUCCUCCCUGCCGAUCUCGCCUAGAGGCAGCGGCAGCAUCAGUUCCGUCGGAGCACGAGAAUCUGGACCUGGAGCUCAGACUCGGAACUAGUGAUUCCUUCCCGUAUGCGACUGACUGACCGUGAAUCAAGAUCAUAGGACGACGUCACAUCACGAGUCGAGAAUCUGAGUUUUCGUUCCAUGUAUACAAGAGCGUUGUCGCCGGCCAUCGUCGGUGACCGGUCUCUUGUCAUUUCUUCUCAUACGUCCAGUAAUGAGCUACGAAGUUUUCAUGUUCCUCUGUACAGCCCUUGUCAUUGCGAGUCUCCGGCGAUUUCCAUUCUCCGUUCUGCCUGAUAGAUCCUUGAAUCUUGCGAUAGAUCAUUUCCGAUGACAAGCUGUGAAGAAUCCUUCGCUCUCCUUUUGUUCGUUCGUAUUCGUAGACCGGUGGAAUGACUCUGACAAGGUUUCUUAAAAAUCUCGCUCUCUGAUUGUAUGAAUCCCCUGAAGACUUUGCUUGAGUUUAUAUCGUGUU